AUGAAGGCUUCCAGGCCAGCUUUUCACCUGCUGCUCCUCACGCUUCUUUCAACAUUCUGCCAAGCUAUCUCCAUCACGGAUGUUGUAGCGCAGCUUCCUCCAUGUGGACUACAGUGCAUUGCCCAGGGCGUCUCCAGCUCGCCAUGUCACGACCUGACGAAUGCAAAUUGUCUAUGUCAAGACACCGACCUGUACAACCGGGCACAGACUUGCGUUCUUACCAACUGCACCGGCCCCGAUGCUCUCAAAACAGGGAGACUCCAGGCCGAGUUGUGCAAGAGGCCUCUGCGGUUGAGAAAAGUUGAACUCCACGCCUUGAACGCCCUGCACGGAUUGGCACUUGCUGUCAUCUUUCUACGGCUUUACGGCCGAUGGUAUGCAUUGAGGACAUUUGGAAACGACGAUUGGGUGGCGCUGGUGAUACUUCUCGCCCCCAAUAUUGACAGUGAGCAACAGCCACUUUUUAUAGUACAAAUAUUCAUCGGAAAUUACGUCGGUCAUAUGGCUUUUGGUAUCGAUAUCUGGUGGGUUGACACAGACACCCUCACAGAUGCACUUAGGGUCUUCUAUUUUGGGGAGACGGUCUACGUAUUGCUCCUGGGCCUCACCAAAAUCUCGAUCUUGUUCUUCUUCCUCCGCGUGUUUCCGCCCCCGAAUUUCAGGAGACUCACCUACAUAACGAUCGGGUUUCUGAGUCUGUCGACGGCAGCCCUGGACAUGGCGCAGAUCCUCCAGUGCAACCCGGUGGACAAGGCUUGGUACGGCUGGCAGGAACCGGGAUUCCUGGUAAAUGGAGGGUCCAGCAGCUGCAUCAGCGUCAACGCGCUGACGUACGCGUCGGCUGGGGUCAGCAUCUUCUUUGACGUUGUCAUCCUGCUGCUGCCGCUGCCCAUCAUCCUCGGGCUGGAUGCGACGCGGCGGCUACGGGCCGAGAUCGUCGUCAUGCUCAGCGUCGGAGUCCUGGUGCUCAUCACGAGCUGCGUCCGCAUGCGCUACAUUGCCCUCUUUGCCGACAGCACCAACCCAACCUGGGACGCCACCGACGCCAUCCUCUGGUCCGGCAUCGAGAUAUCGGUCGCCGUCAUCUGCAUCAGCCUGCCGGCCAUCCGCGUCCUGCUCCGCAGCUUUUGCAGAACCGGAACUCCCGAGUCUUCCCCCUUUAGGUCGCCGCCCAUGACGCGGAGGUCGCGGCGCUUCUCCAUCAAGAGCGACGCCGGCGCUGUUCCAGAGCAGCAGCCGCGGCGCAAGAAGGAGACGAAGCAGGAGAGCAGCAGCAGCUCGACGGGGAAUCGGGACCUGCGGGUGCGGGUCGAGGACCUGAGGGCAGAGUUUGGCGACGAUAUUGCUCUGGAAAUGACGAGCGGGCCUCACGCCAGGGCGAUCGACAGAAUAGUGUAA